CACAAUAUCUAGGCUAUGAUAUAGCCACUCGAACUAGGCCUAAUUAAAAUGUUGCAUUUACGUAGGCAUUUAAGAAGAUGAUGCACGCUUAGCGGUAGGCUAUGUCUCGUAACUGGGUGACGUCAGCUCUAUCCAUCGACGAUGAAAUGUGCAGGUGAACACGGGAUAAACACAUGAACCAAAAGGGAGGAGGGCAAAAUUAUCUGGCGAACACGAUUUCUGAAUGGGGGGGAUGAAGAUAUAUUUACGGAUAAAUGGAGUGCUAUGCUAUCGCACUUAACCGAUAUAGCUGCAUCAGGAGGUAUAGCCUAAAUUGCCUAUCAAAUAAUAACGGGAUGUCUCUCGCGAUAUAUUUUCUCCCAUCAUUGUUCCUCCGCUCGAUAGUCCAUGUUGGCGCCAAUGGAGUGACCCAAUUGAACUAGUAUAGAGAAGGCUACUGUGGAGAAGUCUGCUAGGCGACAGCAAUACAUUAACAAUACACCCACAUGUGGCACUGGUGACUUAACGGGCACCCGAGAAACAACACCUGAAUUUUUUGUUUUUGUUUUUCACUGUCCCGCGAUCGUGUGACAUGACACGUAGGACAUGAUCGAAUCAAGCCGUUGGGGCAAUUGUAGGAGGUGCGGUAAUAACCUGGCAGGAGGGAAGCUUCAUGCUUGGAAGACGUUUUCUUUUGGAGGAUCGUAUUCAUACAUGGGGCUUGAGUUGUCAAUCAGGCGGUCCCGACUCUGGACCCCCUGAUUGUCGGAGUCUCGGACAGAUCCCGAUGCUCACGGUCAAAUCGUUGCUUGUGAGGAACAAAAUAAUGCCUGCGGUGAACGUUACCGGAGAAGCGCCCUUACUGAACGGGGGCAGAAGAGAAGAGCAGCGUCCCUGUAAACAGUCCCUUCCCGGGUCCCUAUGCCGAGAGUCCCACUGGAAGUGCCUGCUCCUCACGCUGCUGAUGUUCGGCUGUUUCGCCACGCUGGGAUGGUGCUCCUUCUCCCGUGUCACCGUCAUGGCUGCCGAUGAACACGGCCUCUACUACGGCGUCCGCGCCCGCCUCUACCAUGACAGCCCCUGCUCCAACGGCUACGUCUACAUCCCGGUGGCCUUCCUGAUCAUGCUGUACCUGGUCUACCUGGUGGAGUGCUGGCACUGCUUCUCUAAAACAUCCUCUCUGGCCCGGGUGAAGAUCAGCAAGGUGUACAACAGGGUCCAGAGGCUGCAGCAGGCCAUGCCCUGUAUCUGGUGGAAGGCCAUCAGCUAUCACUAUGUGAGACGGACACGGCAGGUAACUCGAUACCGCAAUGGUGACGCUUACACCACCACACAAGUGUACCAUGAGCGGGUCAAUACACACGCAGCCAGCUCUGAAUUUGACUAUGCUCAACAUGGUGUAAAGGAUGUAUCCAAGGAGCUGCUUGGUCUUCUGGAGCACCCGGCCGUACGCCUUCGUUUCACCAAGUGUUUCAGCUUUGCCAGUGCUCGUGCCGAGGCCGCCUACCUCACCCAGCGUGCACGCUUCUUCGCAGAGAACGAGGGUCUGGAUGACUACAUGGAGGCACGGGAGGGCAUGCACCUGAAGAACGUGGACUUCCGUGAGCACAUGCUGGCCUUUCCUAACCCGGCGUGGCCGCCCUGGUUCUCUCGGCGGCGCAUGUAUUGGCUGAUCUCAGCCCUGAUGUUGUCCUGGCCACUACGGGUGGUGUCAGAGUACCGUACGGCGUAUGUUCACUACCAUGUGGAGAAGCUGUUUGGUGAGAACGAGGAAGUCAAUGACAAUGACAGCACUGAGAUGGGCAACUACCGCUUAGGCCAGGAGAAUGGGCAACGCGGUGGCCCCAGAUUACGUGUCAUAUCGAGGGUCAACACUGUGGAUAUCACUGAACUGGAGUGGCACAUUCGCUGUAACCAGCAGAUGGUGCCCAGUUACUCCGAGGCCUUGCUGAUGGACCUGAACACCAAUAACACAACCUCUUUGCCCUCUGCGUUUACCGGCGCAACACAUGUGCAAAUGAGGCGGAGCUCCAGCUAUGUCCUACAGAGCUGCCCACGCUGCUGCAGGUCCACCAGCAGCUCCUCGCUCCCCUCGCGAGUCAGGGGAAAUGUGGUAAUGGGGGCAGGAUCUUUGACAUAUGGGACAGUGGGAAGGAUGGGAGGAGGAAGGUUAGCCCUCAGCCGCAGUGGAUUCUCUCUGGGCCGUUUGCACACGAUGCGCCAGGCCUGCCUGUUUCACUCCCGGAGCCUUGGUGCAGGGAUGGGGAGUAGAGGGGAUGAAGGUGGUGGGUUUCUGGGACUGGGCCUCCGUCGGGCUAAUGAAGAAAGCAGAGGGGUCCUGGAGUCAGAAGGAUAUGAAGUGGACGAAAAUAGUCUGCAGCUAGCGGAAGAUAGAGAGCAGGAACUAGAAAGAGUGAGGACCGAGAUCAUGCAGGGAGUGGCCUGUGUGACAGAGACACCACCAGCCUAUCAGGAAGCUCUCCACUUGCCUGUGUUGAUUGUCCACGGUGAGGAGAGCUGUCAUGGAGGGGAGGACCUUGACGCAGGAUAGUCACUGUGAUUGGGGAAGGUGAUGUACAGUAGAGCAGAUAUGCAAAUCUGCUCAGGAUAAUGCAAGAAAUUAGAGAGAGGAGAGGAAAAGAAAACAGGGACGGAGGAAGAAUGUGUGGUGAUAUCAAAAGGGUUGUUAAAGAGAGGGGUAUGGAAGGAGAAAGAAAACAAAUGGGAAAAUCAUGCUUUCCAGACCUGGAAGAAAGCAGUACUGUAAGUGAAAGAUAUGUAGGGAAACAAAACUAUUGUGUCACAGUAGAUUAAAUGACAGUUUUGUAGUUGCUCUUCCUAAAGAGACAGUAAUAUGUGUGUCCCAUUGUCCACAAUGAACAACAAUCGCUUUGUAUCUUUGUUCAUGAAUGUAUGGAAGUAUCAAGGAGCUGCUGAGUUAGCGCUUAACAUCAGGAGUAGUUCAUUUUUCACCAAGCUAUUAGAUUAAUUCAAGGGGCACUGUAUAAUGUGUAAACUUACAGAACUCCCUGUUAGAUGCGGAGCAAAACUCUAAUGCCAAUAAAAAAUAAGCAAUUACCAUUCCACAAAGAGUGUAUUACCAUUCCACAAAGAGUAUUACCAUUCCACAAAGAGAGUAUUACCAUUCCACAAAGAGAGUAUUACCAGUCCAGAAAGAGGGUAUUACCAUUCCACAAAGAGAGUAUUACCAUUCCACAAAGAGAGUAUUCCCAUUCCACAAAGAAUAUUACCAUUCCACAAAGAGUAUUACCAUUCCACAAAGAGAGUAUUACCAUUCCACAAAUAGAGUAUUACCAUUCCACAAAGAGAGUACUACCAUUCCACAAAGAGAGUAUUACCAUUCCACAAAGAGAGUAUUACCAUUCCACAAAGAGAGUAUCACCAUUCCACAAAGAGAGUAUUACCAUUCCACAAAGAGAGUAUUACCAUUCCACAAAGAGUAUUACCAUUCCACAAAGAGUACUACCAUUCCACAAAGAGUAUUACCAUUCCCCAAAGAGUAUUACCAUUCCCCAAAGAGUAUUACCAUUCCACAAAGAUAGUAUUACCAUUCCACAAAGAGAGUAUUGUAAUAAGAUUUGAUAUUACUUUUAGAUGUAAAACAAAUAAUCAAUUUAGUCAAUACACUAGUCGUGAUGAGGCUUAUGUCACCUACUCACCUUCCUCGAGAACAUGCAGAUCGAGAGGCCAACAAUAUUGUCCAUGAUAUGACAUCAGAGAUAAAGUAAAUCAUAUUUUAAGAGUUAAGUGCACAAUUUCGCAUUUUAUGCUUUUAAGAUUAUCUCUUUAAUAAAUAAAAAAUCCCUCUCAGCAAUUUGCCCUUCACCACAAUUCAAAAGGGCUUUUCCCAUGUCUCAGUUCUGCCCACUGUUGCAAUUAUACAUCAUGAUCAAGUAUGGAUUUAAUGUAGUAGAGUACAUACUCACACUAACACUCACACUACCUCAACCCCCCACCACUCACUCAGCUGAUGCAAUUAGGAGCACCAUAUGUGAUCGAUGCUCGGAAGGCUUGGGACCAUAGCCAAAACUGAGCAUGCUAAGACACACUUCUAUACAUCAGCAUUAGAGGUCGACCGAUUAAUU